CGUGUCAGCAUCCCUUGGCGCGUUUUUCAAAGACUCACUCAGACGCCUGACUGGACUGAUACUGCAGCGCGCGCUGGGGGUUUUAUAUUAAACUUUAAAGUAUUUUAUGGUUAAUUUAUAGCAGUGACCUUCAUCUCCUGUCAUGGCGACUCCUCCGAAGAGAAUGUGCUCCAGUCCUGACUUUAACAGCAGCUUUGAGAAGAGAGUUAAGAAGAUAUCCAUUGAAGGAAACAUUGCUGCAGGCAAGUCGACCUUUGUGCGGUUGUUGGAUAGAGAAUCAGAGGAAUGGGAAGUGAUCCCUGAGCCCAUUGGGAAGUGGUGCAAUGUUCAGACUACGGAGAACGAGUAUGAGGAGCUGACCACAUCCCAGAAGAGUGGAGGCAACCUGCUGCAGAUGUUGUAUGACAAGCCCAGCCGCUGGUCCUACACCUUCCAGACUUACGCUUGCCUGAGCCGUGUUCGUGCCCAGCUUCAGCCUGCUUCUGCCAAGCUGCAACAGGCUGAGCAUCCAGUCCAGUUCUAUGAGCGCUCGGUCUACAGUGACAGAUAUGUUUUUGCUUCGAACCUAUUCGAGUCUGGAGACUUAAAUGAGACUGAGUUUGCCAUCUACCAAGACUUUCAUAGCUGGCUUCUCUCUCAGUUUGAGUCUGACCUCGAGCUUGAUGCCAUAGUCUAUUUGCGGGCCGAUCCUGAGAGGUGUAUGCAGCGUCUUAAAUUCCGAGGUCGUGAGGAAGAGCAGGGCAUUCCUCUGGAGUACUUGGAGAAACUUCACUAUAAACAUGAGUGUUGGCUCUAUAACAGAACUACACAACUUGAUUUCGAGUACUUGAAGGAUCUCCCUAUUCUGGUGCUGGAUGUUAACGACGACUUCAAGAAUGACAGAAUUAAGCAGCAGGAAGUGGUUGACAAGGUGAAGGAAUUUCUGUCUACGCUCUAAUAGAAAAUCAAGCACUCUCCAAAGUGUGUGUGUGUGUUUUUUAAGCCUUUUUUUAAAGCAGGUUUUUAUUAUUUUUAUUAUUUUUUAAAAACAUUUAUGUACCUCAAAUCCAGAUAUAUUAUGUAUUAAAUGCUUUACAUUAAACAAUGAAACAAUUACCGUGACCUCCGAAAACAUGUUCAGGGCUAUGGAUGGAUGCGUCAUCACGUCAUCAUUUAAUUAUAGUCGUCGUCAUAUCUUUUUAACUGUUUCAAACGUGUGUGAACAGCAUUUUAAAUUGUAAAUAUGUAUUUAUAUGUAUUUAGUCUAUGUAUUAUAUAUUUCGUUUUAUUGAAACUGUUUUAUGCUGGUCGUCUGUGAGUUCUUGUUUUUUUUUUUUUUCUUUUUCAUCUAACAAAUAUUUUGCAAAAACAAAAAAUAUUUGACCUUAAUAUGGCAAUAAAUGGUGUUGGUCUUUA